UUUGAGAAAUGGAAAGGACGGUGUGACCGGAGAGAGUAUUUCAAAUUAUUCCCAAAUUACAAACCCUAAUUUACUCCAGCCCGCCGCUCGCUCACCCGUUCUCUCCCUCAGCAUCCGACCGCCGCCGCCGUCGAUAGUCGCGCCGCCUUCGCGUGGCCGCAGUUCCACCGCCGGCGUUCGUUCCCCGUCCAAUCUGCACGCACCCGGACUCAGGCCACGCCACCCCGUCGGCCGCCUUCGCCCGCCUCUCCUUCCACCGUUCGACCGCCCGCCCAGUUGGAGCUCCACCCGGCUUAGUAGCGCUUCAAUAUGAGAGAAGAAGACAUAAACCGGUGCCAAAUUCAGGACUGGUACCCGAAAUUCUCGUCCGUAUCCAUCAAAACCAUAAUCCACGAGCUUCCAGAGUCCUUCAUCCAAUACCUUCUCGAUGAUUCCGGAACCUUCCUGCUCCCGCAUUCAAUAACUAACGACGAUGCCCUGCCGAACCGAGUCCAUAAACCCGAAGAUGAAGAAGAUUUUGUCGCAUUGGAAGGAUCUGAAAACGAAGCAGAGGAACCGACGCUGCCGCCGUCUUUCCCCGAACUAGAAACCGCAGUUAAAGCUUCGAUCGAAUCCCUAGGAGGCGCAGUUUUUCCUAAGCUCAACUGGAGCGCUCCCAAAGACGCAGCCUGGAUCAGCUCAACCGGGAAUCUCAAAUGCACCAAUCUCGCCGAGAUCGCGCUCCUUCUAAAAUCAUCCGACUCGAUUGUCCACGACCUUUGCCAUGCCUAUGACUCAUGUGUCGACAGCAAGACUUCAUUGAGGCCCGCAAAGUUUUGCCUUGCGCUCCGAAAAUGGCACCCCUCGUUAAAGCCCGAGAUGGAAUUCCGUUGCUUUGUGCGCAGUAAUGUCCUCUUGGCCAUUUGUCAGCGCGAGGUUACCAAUUUGUAUCCGGCCCUUAUCGAGAGAAUAGCUGACUUGAAGGCCAGAAUUCACGACUUUUUCCUCGAGGAGGUGAAAGGGAGUUUUGAAUCCGAGAGGUAUACAUUCGAUGUUUAUGUUAGAAAAGAUUUUCGGGUUAAGCUUUUGGACUUCAACCUGUGGGGUGCCCCGACACUUCCUUUGCUAUUUACAUGGGAUGAACUGGAAGAGAUGCCGAUGUCUGGAUCAGGGGACGGCGAAUUGGAAUUCAGGAUUGCCGAGAACCGGUGUAUUCGGCCGGGGCUGAAAACUGCAGUCCCUUUUGAUUAUUUAGAUACGAGCCCUGGGAGCGGAUGGGAUCAGUUCUUGAAGAAUGCUGAGGAGGAACUGAAGCACCAAACUUCAGAAUCUAACAUGGAGCCAUUAGUAAUUACAAAAGGACGGUAUACAUAUGUACAUGAUGUCAAGAAUGGCGGAUCCAAAGCCAUAGAUGUUCAUCAUAUCAUUCAUGCAAGAAGCAGUGCAAGUAUUCUUAUGUUUUGCAGAUAUGCUAUUCUUUUGAGCAUCUUGUGCAUAGUUGUUGUGUUAUACUUGCAGCAGGAGAAGUUUGCUAUUAAUGUUAUCUGGAUCCUUAUCGUGGCUGGUUUAUUUUUAAGACAAUUUGAGAGAAAGAAGGUUGAGAAAGAGACGGUUACAAUUUUUCCAACAUUCGGGGUGCAGCUUCAAACAUCUUACAGAGGCAGUGGGAGAACAGUUUGCCACUUUGUUCCAAUUGGCAAGAUCUUAAAACCUGUCUUGAAUGAAUGUGUGACUCCAGUUACCUGCUACUGGAGUCUAUCUCUAAUUCUACGUGGAGAGGAACAACUUUUGCUAGUGUUCAAGGAAUCAUAUCCUCCUGUUGCAAUGCUUGUCCCCAUUUGGAAGGCUUUGUGCACUGAUAUUGAUGAUAAAGAAUGUCGUGAUGGCCAUUCGUAAUGUGGCACUGGAUGAUGGGCUAGAGAGCAAUAGAAAUCUAAUAUAUUGACCUUGUCAGAGGUACUUUAUUUAUUUUUUUGAAGAAUUCCAGCAUGACACUUUUCAGGCUUGAAAAUUCUCACAUAGCUACAGCCAUUGCAAUUACCGAAAACAUGGGCAGUUCAGUAACUUCCAAAUAUGUAAAACCAUUAACCCACAGCUGACCAUUUCCCAUGCUGCUCAUGUCCAGUGCCAGUGGUCAUCCCCGCCAGGGAGCCUUUUGUCCAUUCAACUGCAGAAACAUUAUCUGGCAAGACAAGAUUCUCGGUUUCUCGUUUCAUCCCAACCUAUUUGAAGAAAGGUAUUCAGGAGAAUGAUUCCCAUGUACAGUAUAUAUAUAUAUAUAUAUACACACUCCAA